CAUCAAUCCCACCAUUACUUGCCCCUCUUUCCUCAGUUCUUCCCUCACUAUAAACCAAACCGAGAAACCAUUCAACCUACCAACCAACCAUUGAACCACAGGCAUCGAAGAAAGAAAGAAAGAAGGAACAAAAAUGUCCCUCCAAACCCCCCGCAUCCUCCCCUCCCACCUCCACGCCUUCCACCCCUCCUCCACCGGCCCACGCACCUCGCAUACCGUCCGCAUCCUAGGAACAGUGACUGCUCUGCGCGGCGACACGGCCACCAUGACGUGCGGAAACCACGGCGAUGUGACGCUCAUCUUGAAGCCCGAUUCGCAUUUGCAGAUGGGAAAGUUGGUCGAGAUUAUUGGCAAGGUUGCUGAUCUGGAUAAUGGGAGUGGUGUCGGUAUUAGAGUCCUAGGCAGUACGGAUUGGGGGAGUCCGGCGGAUUGUGAUUACAAGAUCUAUGAGCAUGUUGUCAAUGCUACGCAUAAGCUCAAGCCUAUCUUCUAUGAUGAGUAGGUGGGCUGUUAGGGAGGAUAUGUAUAGAUGAUUGGGUUAGUGAAUGGGCAAAGAGCAUUUUGAACUACGUGAAAUAUCUUGCUGUGCUGGGUGGUUACUAGUAUCUUUAUGGGUCCUGCAGCUGAGGUGUCAUUUGCAUCGUGUUCGGGUUAUUCUUCGGCGUUGGGUUAAUUUACAAUAUCUGUCUAGCAAAAUAUUAUACGGUCGAUUACGAUCUACUACAAAAC